GAUACGGCCUCCACCUUGCGGGAUGGCUGGAUCGAUCUGGGAGAUCUCGGCUACUUUGACGAUGACAACAAUCUGUUUUUGGUAGAUCGCAAGAAGGACGUACUCAAAUACAAAUCAAAGGACUUCUGGCCCAACGAAAUUGAGCAAAUUAUUGCGGAGCUGCCAGAGGUGGAAAAUGUUUGCAUUGUCGGCGUGAGGAACACGAACUAUACCGAUGCAGCUGGCGCACUGGUAAUCAAGAAACCCGGAGCCGAAAUCUCCAAGGAGAAGAUCAUUGAGCAUGUGGCAAAGCGCGUUGUUGUCGAAUACAAACAGCUGAACGCUGGCGUCCAGUUUGUCGACAGUUUGCCCAUGAACAACAAUGGUAAAGUGGUCAGAAACUUGGCCAGGAAACUGUUUGAGUCGCUCAUGGAUGCUCAGGAGUCAUAG